AUGGGCCUGACAGAAGAAUACCUAGAACGGCCUCACCAGGGCAUCUCGGCCAUGUGGGGUCGCUAUCUCGAGAGCGGAGAAUAUUCCGACUUUCUGGUGACAUGCGGCAACCGCGAAUUCCACGUCCACCGUCUGGUCAUUUGCCCUCGCUCCAGCUACUUUCGGCUGAUGUGCAAGGACAACUUUAAGGAGGGAAUCACGCAGAAAUUAGAACUCGUGGAUGAGGAUCCGGACGUGUUUCAGUCCGUCUUGACGUUUUUGUAUACGGGCAUUUAUGAGACGUGUAAGAUUACGGGGAAUGAGGAAAUUGAGAACACACCCUCGACAGAAAGAAGCUGCAAUUCCUCCGAAGAUUCUGAAAAUGACGACGAAAACCAACAACACCAAGGCGGCCGCCCCGCGACAACAGAAGACAUCCUCGCGCACGUACAACUGUACGCCAGCGGCGACAAGUUCGAUAUCAGGGACUUGAAAGAGGUGUCUUCCAAAAUGUUUCGAAACCAACUCAAUCGUACUUCAGUUGAAAAGCUCAACAUCCCAGAUAUUAUCCGUGCCGUGUAUACAUCUACCCCGCACAACGACGCUGCUCUACGGCCCGUGUUGAUUGAUUAUUGCGUGCAGAAUCUGAAUGCACUACUCAUUCAACCCGGCAUGGCUGAAGUUCUCUCCGACUUUGGCGAAUGCGCCUUUGAGAUUCUGCGGUCGUACAAGGACGAAGCUGACCUGCGGUCCCGCAAAGCAGUCGAGGAUCAACGUACAGCAGUGCUCGAAAUCAAAAAGGCGGAAUCGCAACAACUGCGCGAAUCACUGGCAAAACUGCAAAAGAGAGAUACGCAUCUAAUGGAAAUGUUGGCGUCGCAUCACAAUUGUCGCAAUUGUGGAAAGGUGUUUGGUGCUGGGCCGCAGGUUUAUGGGACUAUGAGUGAUAGGGUUAUGUUGAGGUGUAAGGGGUGUUAUACAAAGCAUUCUUAA